AUGACAGAAAAUAAUUUCACAGAAGUGACACUCUUCAUACUCAGUGGAUUUUCGGGUCACCCAGAAUUACAAGUCAGUUUUUUCUUAAUAUUCCCAUUCAUGUCUCUAUUCACUGUGUUGAGCAACCUUGGGAUAAUCAUAUUAAUCAGAAUUGACUCUCAUCUUCACACACCUAUGUACUUUUUCCUCAGCAAUUUAACGUUCAUUGACAUAUGUUAUUCUUCCAUUGUAACACCCAAGGCACUAACUGAUUUCCAGUCCACACAGAAAUCGAGAGCGUUUAUAGGCUGCUUUGUUCAAAUGUACUUCUUUGUAGGUUUAGUGUGCACUGAGUGUUUCCUUCUGGAAUCCAUGGCCUAUGACCGCUAUGUAGCAGUCUGCAAUCCCUUGCUCUAUUCGGUGAUUAUGUCCCAGAAGGUGUGCAGCUGGCUGGGAGUAACACCAUACAUGACUGGCUUCACAAGUUCUCUGAUAUCCAUCUGUGUGAUAAGCAGUUUGCCCUUCUGUGAUUCCUACAUCAAUCAUUUCUUUUGUGAUACCACAGCUCUUUUAGCCCUGUACUGUGUAGAUGUCUUCAAUACUGAACUGGUGAUCUUUGUGCUAGCUGGGUUGACACUUCUCAGUUCUCUCCUCAUCAUCACCAUCAUUUACCUGACCAUCAUCUCAGCAAUCCUGAGGAUCCAGUCUGCAGCUAACAGGUGGAAGGCUUUUUCUACCUGUGCCUCUCACCUCACAGGGGUCACUGUCUUCUACGGCUCCUUGAUUUUCACCUAUUUGCAACCUGAUAACACAUCAUCCCUCACAGAAGCGCAGGUAGCAUCUGUGUUCUACGCCAUUGCCAUCCCCACACUGAAAGCACUGAUCUACAGGCUGAGAAACAAAGAUGUGAAAAAUGCUCUUCUGAGAGUCAGCCACAGAAUUUUUUUUUCUGUGACAAACCAUGAAAAUUGCAAUUUAAAAAGACCUGGGUAG